AGUAGUCAUAUAAACCACAGUAGGAAUCAUCUGUCUAUUUUGUUUCUUUCAAUUAUUUUUUCAUUAUUCAAAUAAUCUUGGCUAAUCAAAUGACGGUGACUUUUAUUUUGUUUUUUAUUGUCUCUGGCGACUGAAUGUUUAAUCAAUACACUCUCUGCUUACCUUAAUAUGGUAUCAAUUACAGUAGCCAGCUUGGAUUCUCAUACUUUUAAUACCAAUAAUCAUUGUACCCUCUCAAAGAACCAGUUAAUCAUCUUUAACCAUUCCUUUUCUUUAGGCUUUACCUCAUUUCAAUCAACUAUUAUUCCAAUUUUAUGAGUGAUCAAAGUGAAAAUAAUCUCCAAGUUAUUCAACUAUUAGACCAAAUAAAUCAGCUCAAAAAUGAUUAUUUGGUAGAGGAGCAAGUUGAUGACUUCAUAUCCUUACAAAGACGAGCUGGUUUCUCUUGGAUCGAAUUGUUCAUUAAAUACUUCAUUGGUAAAGACUGUACCUCAAACGAUGAUUUACUUUUUUUCGUUCGCAAACAAGCAUCUCUGUUCAAUAGAUUUGGAUCGAAUUUAAAGAUAAAUUUAGAUGUUUACCGAAAAGACUCCAACAAGUUACCCUUGGACAAUGCUCAUAUUGAUUGGGAAGAAACUCUUUAUAUCAACACAAUUAUGCAAUAUUUUGAUUAUACGUUAACCUGUGCAAUAUGCACCCGAACAAGUCCCAAGGAAUUCCAAAUAUUAGCUAAACAUUCACAGAAGGUGUUUGCUUCACCAAGUCAUAGAUCAAUGCAUAGCAAAGGAGAGAUUGAAGAGAUUACCUAUCCUGAUAUUUUUUUUACUCUUGAUAACUACGAAGAGAUGAUGAGCAAUAUCCCUGUUCGUUGCGGUGAAAUGGUCUGUGUUGAACUAGUCGCUUCUGAUCGAAAUGGUAAUCAUGUUUCAGUAUUAUUUUCUGGAUCAAUUAAUUAUGAAACAAUUAGAUACAUACACGAGUUACAAGCUGGAUCCAAAGUGAAAACUAAUAGGAAAAGAUCAAUCAAUCACUAUUUUGGAAAUAAACGGAUGGAAUUCAUUAGAAUGAAAGGUCCUCGAUGUCGAGGAAUCUCAGAGAUGGCUUAUCGGAAGAUAAGUGAAACUGGACUCAGUCGUUCAGGUUCGAAUGCAUCUUUAUGUGAGGGUGAAUUUGAAAUGUUUGAGGUCUUGGAUAUUGAUAUACCAGCUCAAUCGCCAAAAAUUCAUACUUUUAGUUGUUUCUCUUGUUGUUCCUUCACACAGCAAAAUGAUCUAGUCAAAAGACGAAUGUCAGAUCCUUCAUGUGUACUUGAAAAAAAGGUUCAAGCCUGGAAAAGUAAACCUCUACAUAAGUCAAGAUCAGCAAAUCAAGUGUUUGAACCUGAUGAAUUUGGAAUCAAUGAAGUUGAAGCAAAUGAUUUUACUGAAGAAAUGGAAGAAGGUGAUUAUGAUAAUUUAUGGAAUAUACCUGGAUUUAAUCAAGCCUUUUACUUCUGGAAAGAAAACAAACGAGCCAAUUCACCAACCUUUGAAUUAUUUAUUACUUACAUAACCCUUCCUUUCAAUUUUAUUAUGUCUGACUUGUUGUCAGAACAACAGCAAAAACCUAUUUUAACUUUUUGAGAUGACUUUGCUACUUUCAAUAUCAAUCCUUUUUGCAAAUAAUUUAUAACAAAGAUCAGGAAAAAUUCGGGAUCAUCAUCAUGAUCUACUGAUCGACAUCUUCCCAAGGAUAACAAAACAGCCAAAUUGAAGAAAAAAUUUUCCUCAAAAUGAACGCAUUCUUGUAAUAAUUGAAAUAUACAGUGUUUUUACAUUCUUUUUUUUGUUAAAGCUUCUUUCAUCUUGUCAGUUUGCUGAUGCAAAGUAAUCAAAACGUUUGAAUUUUGUUGAAAUAAUCAUUCUUUUCUAAUGUCAAAUAUCAAUUACAUUUGCAAUGCAUAAAUAAAUCGCCAAAAAC